GUCAACUUCGAGCCAGAUGUUUAUCGAAUGAUGCGAGUAGACUCAAGUUAACAGAUGUUUUUUUCUACAUGUUAUUUCUAAUAUUUAAAUAAAGCCUAAAUUGAAUUAGAAUAUUUAGAUUUUUGAGCUGUUGAAAGAAUUAUCAUUUCAGUAAUUAGAUGGAGGGUAUUUUCUCCGGUGGUUCAUGAGAAUGCGACACUGGCUAAUUUGGCAACACCAGUGCAGCAAGGACUUGAGCGGCCAGCAUAGCUGCUCCAGACAUAAUUGGAAAACAGAGUUUUACACCACGAAAAUUUGAAAAUGAAAAAAAUCCCUAAAAAAUGAUAGUAAGAAAGAUUUCUAAACUGCGGCCUUAUCAUCUAGACAGGAUAUCCUUAUUGCCAAAAUUACCAUGUAUUGUUUACAUCACGAAAAGAUGGGCGACGCCAGCUACCAAAGCAGACCCUUGCUGUCCAAACGUCACAAAAAGAGUGAGCGAUCCCUGUGACAAAAAGCCGUCAAAAAGCUUGUUGGACCCGUGCCAGCUGAACCCUUCCUUCGCCCAGCCGAAGGUGAUCAUCAUCGGGGCGGGGCUCGCGGGCCUCUCUGCGGCCAACCGGCUGGCCCAGUGCGGCUUCCACAACUUCCAGAUCAUUGAGGCCACCGACAGACCUGGAGGCCGAAUCCACUCCUGCUGGCUAGGGGACGAGGUGGGGGAACUUGGUGCUACCUGGAUCAACUCAGCCACAAUAGCAAAUCCCGUGUACUCGCUGGGAGCUCAGGAAGGGCUCCUGAAGGAACCGCUAAUGUGGCGCAGGAAGCCGCCGGUCAGCAAGAUACCAUUUCUCACCAGCGAGGGCAGGACGAUAGACAGCUUUAUCGCGAUUCCAGCCAUGAAACUGUUCAAAAAGAUAAGACAGCAGGCUUUGUCCUUGUUCAGUAUGGACAUCGCUAAAGACCAAGGCUCUCUUCACGAUUUCUUCUCGAAGAGAUUGAACGAACAGAUGAAACACAUCCCAAAUGACUGGAGAGGAGAUGCAUCGAGGGUGAUUUGGGGAAUGAUCAAUGGGAUAAAGAGCCGUUGGGGGAUUCGGAUAAGAAAUAUGAGCAGCGAAAUGUACGGUAGCUCUAUCAUACUGCCGGGUGGUGCCUUGAGGAUCCCGAUAGGUAUGGUCGGCCUCCUUGGCCCGCUCCUCAAGCACAUUCCUCCGUGCCAGAUACGCUACUGCAGUCCGGUACAAGGGAUCGUUUGGAGUAGUUCUUCUCCAAGGGUAACAGUUGAUCUCUGUAACGAAAAGAUCACAGGAGAUUACGUAAUCGUAACAACAUCUUUAGGAGUUCUCAAAAAUAUGAGUAAUGGCUGGUUCACGCCCGAAUUACCCCCCUGGAAGAAGCGUGCUAUAAAUACACUAGGUUACGGAAAAAUGAUUAGAAUAAUUAUGGAAUAUAAAAGACCGUUCUGGAUGCUCGGUGAAGGCACAAUGAGGUUUUGUUGGUCUGAAAAAGAAUUGGAUACGAGAGAUUGCUGGGUGAAAGGGAUAGACAAGAUUGAAGAUAUAGGGAGUCAAAACAAAUUGGUGACCACUAUAGGUGGUAAGGAGGCUGAGUGGGUCGAAGAAUGCUGCGAAGAAGACACUGCUGAAGAAAUCACGAGAAUCAUUCGCCAGUUCACAGGCAACCCGUCCAUACCCUACCCCACCGGGCUGGUAAAGUCUAAAUGGAUCUGUUCGCCGUACUUCAGGGGAUGCAAUGGCUUCCUGGCCCGAGGCUCGACCAUCAACGACAUCUGUUCGCUGGGUACUCCACUGCCAGGGCCGGAGAGCCCCGGGGUCCCGAUAGUCCUGUUCGCCGGGGAGGCGACGGCCCCGGGGCACAUAGGCUCUCUGCUCGGUGCUCACAUCAGUGGCAUCCGGGAGGCCGACCGCAUCAUCGGCCUUACCAAGAAGUUCAGGGGCCCACCGCCUGCGGAAGAUGGAGCAAAUAAAUGAAUUCGGGCAAAUAAAUAAUUAUUUAUUCCUGAUAUGAAUUCGUUUAGUACAAAAAUUAUGACGAAUAAUUUUAAAUACAAACGAUACCGUUGGGUUGUUUUCACCACAGCUCAAUUAAAGAUUCUAAUGAAGAAGUCUACAUUUAAAAAAGCAAAAUGAUGAGCUAUCAGUUCAAAUAUAUGCUAAUAUAAAUUGAACACAAGAGGUAGGCCAAUAAAUGAACUUAUAUUUAUCGGUAUUACAGGUUAGGAUAAGUUCCGGAAAAAAAUAAAGUAAUAAAGACUUCUAUCAGAAUCAAUCUUGGUGGCUUCUGUUGGUACAUGUGAAAGGGAAACAUACUUUAUGAGUCAAUUGAGUCGAGACGCUUUAUAACUUUAUUGCUACUCCAUAAGUUACAUUUCUGGGUUUAUUUCCGUUUCGAGAGGAAAAAAUAUAUAGCUCGUUAUCUUGCCAAGACAGAUAGGCUCCUUACCCAUGGCUCUUGCGUCAAUAUAAUUAUUAAAUUUCCAAUUCGUAUUCCUUGAAUAAAUUUUGACUAAUU